AUGGAAGAGAUUGAGAAACAAGAUGUUAAUCCCUCACACGCCUAUAAGAGUGUACGCCAAUCCCUAAGACCUCUACCACAAGCACCUGUCGCUUCGCCUCCUAUUCCUGACAGGACCAAUCGUUCGUUUCACAAUCGUUCCCAAAGCACUGAGAGCGGGAAAGCAGUACACUUUGCAGAUGGUGCUAUCUCACCUCCUACAAGUGUACAUUCUCUAGCAAUCUCGAGAUCAGACUCAAUCCGAGGGUCAGGCCGUUCGAGUCGCGAAAAUGUACCAAUCCAGACUAUAUCUCCCUUGGGGCGGCCAGAGCUUCAGGAUCUUCAACACUCGUCGACAAAGCAGUUGCGAACGGUCUCAAAAUUCGCGCAAAACGCGGAGGAAGAUUUCACGAAUCUAGCGGUCCCCGGACAAGGAGUUGCAGGAAUGCAGGGCCGAAGGAAGUUGCAAAGAUCAAGAUCACAAAGAGGAGGCAAGUCUGGGUCGAGCGAGUGGGCUGGGAGGAAUUGGAUGGACCAACAGCGGCAAUUUCUCCAGGCUUAUGAGUAUCUUUGUCACAUUGGAGAGGCUAAGGAGUGGAUAGAGGACAUCAUAAAACAGCCCAUUCCUCCAAUUGUGCAGCUCGAAGAGGCCUUAAGAGAUGGAGUUACGUUUGCGGAGAUUGUCCAAUCUCUUUACCCGGAACGAAAUCUACGUAUCUUCAGAAAUCCACGGCUUCAGUUUCGACACUCCGACAAUAUAGCACUCUUCUUUCGGUUCCUCGCUGAGGUUGAGCUGCCUGAGCUGUUUAGAUUCGAGCUGGUUGAUCUGUACGAAAAGAAGAAUAUUCCCAAAGUCAUUUAUUGUAUACAUGCUCUGUCAUGGCUACUAUACAGGAAGGGGAUAGUAGACUUCCGCAUCGGGAAUCUUGUCGGUCAGUUGCAAUUUGAGGACCACGAGCUUGAAACUAUGCAAAAAGGUCUUGAUAAGUCCGGGGUCGCCAUGCCAAACUUUUCGGGAAUGAGUGCCAAAUUUGUAGAGGAACCGGAGCCAGAGCCCCAGGAAUCGGAGCAAGAGCGUGUGGAUCGAGAGCUUGCGGAAAAUGAAGAACAUAUCGCUGCCUUUCAAGCACAGGUCAAGGGAUCCUUGCUUAGGAUGCGUCUCGGCGACGCGAUGCAAGAUCUUUGGGAUAAUGAAGAGUGGCUUGUAGACUUGCAGUCACGGAUACGAGGAGACUUUGCAAGACAAAUCUUCCAAUACCGGAUGGAUAUGAAGAUCUUCGCUGUAGACCUUCAAAGCGCCAUCCGAGGCUUCCUCGUGCGAUGUCACAAGAGAAACAAGGAACAGUACUGGACCGACAAGACUCCUGAAGUUACACUCGUGCAAAGCCUGUUCCGAGCACGUGUUGCGAAAGAAGAGGUUCAAACGUUGAGAUCCACGAUACAAAGUCAUGAGGCAGGCGUUCGAUCCUUCCAAGCUGCUGUCCGGGGCGCAUUGGCACGUAGAGAUGCGGGUGAGCAGUAUGAACAGACAAGAGAGGCUGAGACACAUGUCAAAGGCCUACAGGCUGCUGUCAGAGGCGCAUUGUUACGCAUGAGAGUCGCACAAGACGUUGAUGAUACCAAAAACGCGCGAAAGGAAAUCGAAAUACUGCAAGCCAAUAUUCGUGGUAUGCUUCAAAGGCGCGUGCAAAGAGCCGAUCAAACCAACCUACGACAGCAGGAGACUAACUUGACAUUACUUCAAGCGGCUGUCCGGGGUCUUGCUGCCAGAAGAGAGCAGGAAGCCUUGAAAGAGAACUUGGCUGGUACAGCCGUUGACUGGGCGAGUUUUCAGUCCAUCCUUCGCGGAAAUGCUGUGCGAGAGUCCACCAACCAGAUUAAGCAGACUCUUGGAUCACACUUGGUAGAAGUUGUGGGACUGCAGUCUCACAUCAGAGCUGCACGGCUAAGAGAAGAAGUGGCUGCCAUAUUGACAGCCUUGCAUGGGCAAGAGGAAUCCAUACUGGAACUUCAGUCAGACAUACGUGGAUAUCUCCGGAGAAAGAAGAUAUUGUCUACUUUAGAGUCUCUACGCUCGAACGAGCCUGCAGUGAUUGACUUGCAGUCCGCCAUCAGGGGCUAUGCACUUCGACAGCAGACUUAUAACACCCUCUUCGAGCUGAACAUCCACGAACCACCAACUAUUGAACUUCAGGCCCUGUGCCGUGCAAUGCUACUCCGCACAAAUCUCGACCAUUUGUUGAGCCAGCUUGACUCUGAAGAGGAGGUUGUGACUGAGCUGCAGGCGCUGAUGCGAGGCGCAAUUGUCCGGCGCCAAUAUGCCGAGAAGCAGAGAUUCUACAAGCAGAACAUGGAAAAGGUGGUCAAGAUCCAGAGCUUCAUCCGAGGACGCCAACAAGGCGAGGCAUACAAAAGUUUAACAUGUGGGAAAAACCCCCCUGUUGGGACCAUCAAAAAUUUCGUCCACCUCCUCAACGACAGCGAUUUUGACUUUGAUGAAGAGAUUGAAUUUGAACGGAUGCGGAAAACCGUUGUCCAGCACGUUCGCCAAAAUGAGAUGGCUGAGCAGUACAUUGAUCAACUAGACAUCAAGAUCGCGCUAUUAGUCAAGAACAAGAUCACGCUCGAUGAGGUUGUUAAACAUCAGCGACAUUAUGGUGGGACUGUUGGGAACCUUCUAUCGAACAAGGAAAUAGGGUCAAAGGACCCGUUUGACCUCAAAGCCCUGAACAAGAACUCCCGGCGGAAGCUUGAACACUACCAAGAACUCUUUUUCAUGCUCCAAACACAACCUCAGUAUUUAGCCCGCUUAUUUCGGCGAAUCAGAGAGCAAGCUACCGCAGAGAAAGAUUGCAAGCGCACAGAACAGCUGAUGAUGGUUUUGUUCGGCUUUGCGCAGAAGCGACGAGAGGAGUAUUAUCUGCUCAAGUUAGUAACAAAGGCCAUAAGAGAAGAAGUCGACAGCUGUGAUAGUUUGCAGGACUACCUGCGCGGCAACUUCUUCUGGAAUAAACUGUUCGCAAACUUUAUACGGUCUCCUCGAGAUCGGAAGUUCCUCCGAGAUCUCUUCGGGCCUAUUAUCAAAGAAAAUAUCAUCGAAAAUGAGAGCCUCGACCUGGAAAGCGACCCACUACAGAUCUAUCGUUCUGCCAUCAACAAUGAGGAACUCCGGACUGGCCAGAGAAGCCAGCGACCAGUCGAUGUGCCGCGAGAGGAAGCUAUCAAAGAUCAGGAGACCCGUGAAACGUUUAUACAUCAUCUACAGGAUCUUCGAGAUAUUGCCGACCAAUUCUUCGCGGCGUUUGAGGAUCUCUUGCAACGAAUGCCGUAUGGAGUUCGCUUCGUCUCUCAGCAAAUUUUCGAAAUCCUUCGAGAUCGCUUUCCUCACGAAGAACAACAGUACCUCCUUCAGAUUGUCGGACAGUGGCUUUGGAAGACCUAUUUACAGCCUGCUCUGAUCCAACCUGAGGUAUGGGGUAUUGCUGAUCGUGGUCUAGCACCUCUACAAAAGCGCAAUCUCGGCGAAGUUGCAAAGGUGUUGGGUCAAGUAGCAGCUGGCCGUCUAUUCGGUGGGGACAACGUAUAUCUCCAGCCAUUGAAUAGCUACAUCUCGGAAGCUAUGGAGCGUCUGGGAGAUAUCUGGAUAAACAUGAUCGAUGUUCAGAACGCAGAAAGGCAAUUCGAUAUUGAUGAGUUUAACGACCUGUACGCACGAACGAAGCCUACGCUUUACAUUAAACUCGCAGACAUCUUUGCGAUCCAUCAACUUGUCGUACAGGACAUCGCAACGAUAUGUCCCGCUCAAGACGAUACUUUACGGGAAGUCAUCAGAGAGCUUGGAAGCGCGAAGAGCAACGAAAGUGAGCUGAUUGGUGUCAGUACCAACGAGAUCAGUCUUACGCUCAACCCAAAAUUGCAUGAUAUCGACGACCCAGAUGCUGCGGUCAAGGCUCUGUUCAUGGAAACUAAACGUUGUGUGUUGUUCAUCAUUCGCAUACAAACUGGACCCGAUCUACUUUCCAUCAUGGUCAAGCCGAUUACACAAGAGGAUGAAGUGUCAUGGGAACAACUUGUUCGCGAGGAGCUCGCUACUCACGAUCAACCUGCCUCCAAGAAGCGGUCCGCCUACACAUCAGACAUCGCAGCAUCGAGCAGUACUAUCAUCGACAUUACGAAUCUCUCAUAUACUGAGCUCAAACGCACAGCUCUAGAAAACAUCCUCACUCUUGAACAGACCGGUCGAAUCAGUCGCCAUAACCGAUACCAAGAUCUUCUCAAUGCCAUCGCGGUUGACAUUAGGACGAAACAUCGUCGCCGAGUGCAACGGACGCGUGAACUGGACGGUGUCCGUGCCACGCUAAAUAAUCUUGACGAGAAGGCUGGCUGGCUGGAGGCUCAGCUAAAGUCAUACAAUGACUACAUCGAACAAGCCAUGGUGACCCUACAGAACAAGAAGGGGAAAAGGCGCUUUUUACUUCCAUUCACCAAACAGUACAAUCAUGAACGUGAACUUGCUCGCUCUGGCCGUGUUCCAAAAUUUGGCUCUUUCAAAUACUCUGCUCGCACACUCGCCGACAAGGGCGUUGUCGUCGCUUGGUCUGGAUUCCCAGAACACUUGUGGAAUCGUAUAGACCUCACCAUCUCCAGCAACCAAGUUGGCAUUUUCCUCAUCGAAGGUAGCCAGGGUAGCAUGAUGAUCCCGGGCGCCAGUGCUGAGGUCCCGCUCGACGAUCUGCUCCAGGCUCAAUUCGACAACCAUACUUUCAUGAAUCUUUUCCAGACUGGCGCUAGCUCUAGAGCCUCCAUGGAUGAGCGUGCAGGAAGUCUAAGAGGAGGCACGACCAGUGUAGGCGCAGGCGCGCAGGGAGCUCUUCGCCUUAACGUCAACCUGUUCCUGCACCUUGUAUUCAAGAAAUUUUACCGCGACGCGAGCUGA